UACAUUGACAUUCACAGGAAACAAAGAUCUUCCACAGUUCACUUAUCUCUCGUGCAGCCCUGCAAACACAAAAACAGAGCGAGAUAGAUAUAGAGCGAGAGAGAUGAGCAUGGCGGCUCUCAAUAUCUUCACUCGCCCGUACUCACCAACAGCUUCUUCGCUUGGUCCCUAUGAUUUCAAUCAUCACAAUCGUUUCAAUGUUAGUAGUUGUAAAUUACAUUCUUUAUCUCCGAGAAAAUCAAACAACAGAACUUCCAGGCUCUACCAAAUACCGACCCAUUUCUCAAAGUCAGGCAGUGGAGGAUGUUCAUGGAUGCAAAACAAUUCCACAUGUCACAACACUGCAGCUGGCAAUGAUUGCAGCAGGCAAGGCGAAUUGUAUUCAGUUUUUCCCACAAAACCUGCCACUGUUUCCUCUGUGCAGGAUCUUUUCGAAUUCAUAUGCUCAGGUCCUUUAAUAGAGCAAAUGGGUCUCACCCCUGAAAAGGUAUCCGAGUCCAUUGACAAGUGGUUAGCUUAUGGAACGCAACUUUGUCGAUUGUUUCAGCUCAACGAAUUGUACCUUACAGUUCCUCAGAAAGCAAGGUUUUAUCACUACUAUAUACCAGUGUUUUUAUGGUGUGAAGAUCAGAUUUCUCAGCAUAGAUCCAUGUUCAAAGAUGGAGAAGAUAUACCUCCUUUAGUGAUUGGUUUUAGUGCACCACAAGGUUGUGGGAAGACUACACUUGUCUUUGCUCUUGAUUAUCUUUUCCAAGUUACUGGCAGGAAGUCUGCCACUAUAUCCAUUGAUGACUUCUAUUUGACGGCAGAGGGUCAGGCUAAACUGAGAGAAGAAAAUCCGGGAAAUGCACUAUUAGAGUUUCGUGGGAAUGCUGGGAGCCAUGAUCUUCCAUUCUCUGUUGAAACGCUCAUGGCUCUUGACAAUUUGACUAAAGAAGGUAUGAAGAUGAAACUCCCUCGCUAUGAUAAAUCUGCAUACAAUGGGAGGGGUGACAGGGCUUCUCCUUCAACAUGGCCAGAGAUUGAAGGGCCACUUCAGGCUAUUCUGUUCGAAGGUUGGAUGCUUGGUUUUAAACCCCUUCCUGCGGAAGUUGUCAAAGCCGUUGAUCCCCAGCUAGAGACAGUAAAUAAAAAUCUUGAAGCAUAUUAUGAUGCAUGGGACAAGUUCAUAAAAGCCUGGAUAGUCAUCAAGAUUAAGGACCCGAGUUGUGUCUACCAGUGGCGUUUGCAGGCAGAGAUUGCCAUGAGAGAGGCGGGCAAACCUGGGAUGUCAGACGAGGAGGUGAAAGAUUUUGUUUCACGGUACCUGCCCGCAUACAAGGCUUACCUGCCCACCCUCUACUCUGAAGGACCAAGCGGUUCAAAUCCAAAGCAUCUCCUUGUCAUCGAAAUUGAUGAAGGAAGGAAUCCCAUUCUAGGUUACUAGCUAGAUCGAAGGUUUUAGUGAAGCCCAAUCUUGGUUUCUUGAAUAUGUAAUUUCACGGCAAUUUGGCAUUAGAAAAUAUAUACCAUGUACAUGUUAGUUGUAGGGAUCCCUACACAUAAAAUCAAUUUUUUUCUUUGGCACA